AAACAGGAUCUUCAGUAUUUGAUUCUUUGAGAAAUAUUAGUAAACACAAUUAGUAGUUUAGAAUUGCACACAACUUGUUUGAUGAAUUUUCUGUGUGAUUUUUUGAGCAUGCUCUGUAUCUUGGUGUCUUCUUUGCAGCUCUAGUACAAAUAUACAAUGUUUACUUUGGCUAGCAAGAAAAUUAAGCGAAAAAAUGCAUAAGGAAAUAAGUUUGACCUGGGUUGGGAACAUGGUGUUGAAGUAGGUUCAAGGCAAGUUCAAUGUAAUUAUUGCAAAGAAAUUCAUAGUGGGGGUAUAUAUCGGCUGAAGCAUCAUUUAGCUAGGACUAGGAAAAAUGUUUCAGCUUGUCCUAGUGUGCCAGAAAAGGUGAGGGAAAAAUUUGUGGCUCUUUUGUAUGCCCAAGCUGAAGCAUCUAUAAAAAAGAAAAGGUGGUGUACUAUAGAAGAAAAGGAUGAUGGCAGUGAUGAUUAAUUAGUUGAAGUACAACAACUAAAUUCAUCAAAAGGGAGGGCCAGACACAUAGGCUCCAUGAAUAGGUUUGUUACCAAAAAAAGCAAGUAACAAUGAAUCAUGUGUUUAAAAAAGGAGAACGUGAUCUAAUGAUCCAACAAAUUGCUAGAUUCUUCUACACUAGUGCCAUCCCUUUUAAUUGUGUCAAAAAUCUGGAGUUUCUGCGAAUGAUUGAUAUGAUUUCAAGAUUUGGAAUUGGCCUCAAGCUUCCUUCCUAUCAUAAGAUUAGGGAGACAUGCUUGAAGAAAGAGGUAGAUUUUACACAAAAAAUGUUUGAAGAAUAUAAGGUUGAAUGGAAAAAAACAAGUUGUUCAAUUAUGUCUGAUGGCUGAUCUGAUAAGAAAAGGAGAUCCAUCUGUAAUUUUUUGGUGAAUAGUCCCAAAGGAACCAUUUUCCUAUACUCUAUAGACACAUCUGACAUAUAUAAAACAGCUGAAAAAGUUUGUCAAAUGUUAGAUGAAGUUGUGGAUAGGGUUGGAGAGGAGAAUGUUGUGCAAUUGGUGACUGACAAUGCUGCAAACUACAAACUAGCUGGAGAGAUGUUGAUGCAGAAGAGAAAGUGCUUGUUUUGGACUCCAUGUGCUACCCAUUGCUUGGAUUUGAUGCUUGAGAAUUUUGAAAAAAAGAUUGAGGACCAUAAGUACACAAUUGCAAAGGAGAAGAAGAUUACAACAUACAUAUAUUUUAGAGCUAUGCUUUUAAAUUGGUUGAGGGAUUUCACUAAAGGGAGGGAAUUGAUUAGACCUGCUGCCGCUAGAUUUGCAACAUCAUAUUUGACAUUGUCAUGUCUUAAUGAGUUCAAAGGAGAAUUGAUGACAAUGUUUUCUUCUGAAUAAUGGAGGUGUAGUAAAUUUGCAAAAACAAAAGAAGGGAAAAGAAUUCAUGUCAUAGUUAUGGAUAACAACGGCUUUUGGCGACUUGUUGUCAAAUGCUUGAAGGCUACAAUACCUCUUUUAAAGGUACUUCGCAUGGUUGACUCUGAUACACCUCCUAUGGGAUUCAUUUAUCUAGAAAUGGAAAAAGCAAAAGAAGAAAUACAGAAAAAUUUCAAUAAUGUUCAAAAGAGUUACAAAGAGAUAUGGGAUGUUAUUGAUGAUCGAUGGGAAAUGCAACUUCAUAGGCCUUUGCAUGCUGCGGGAUACUAUUUGAACCCUUCUAUUCAUAAUGAUCCUUCUUUUGAUUUGGGUUCAGAUAUCAAAUUAGGACUAUAUACGUGUCUUCAACGAAUGGUUCUAGAAGUUAGUGAUAGGAAAAAGAUAGAUGUCCAACUUGAAAAAUUCAAACAAGCAAAGGGACUCUUUGGUAUUGAAGCUGACAUACUAGCCAGAAAUACUAACAGCCAGUUGUAG